AUGGGCAUCGAGGAUCUCAUCGAACGUUCAACCCCACAAACCCACCCCGCGGUGGAGCAUGACGCGCUAUUCUCAGGCCAGCCUGCCACUUUUAUUCUCCCCACUCACAUGACUCUGGAAGAGCUGCACCAAAGUGAAGAUCGGCUGCUCAAGCAUGGGGGAAAUUUAACAUACGAUAUCGCGGAAGCGGCCUUGAUUUUGGGCAGAGUUGAUCAUAAGAAACGUGCAAUGCUGGAGCUACGGUCGCGAGGAAUAUGGACAGAGGAGAACACCGCGAUUGCAAAGGCAAAGCCGAAUUUACCAGAAGUUGCUGUUGAGCCUGCUCUGAAACGACAAAAGAACACAAGAGGAAAGUUCUCCGUGUGUGCCGUGACAGAAAUCGUGGAUCUGUGCAACGAGUCCGAUGAAGAGAAGGGUUCAAGUAAGACUUCUCAGCACGUUGCACCCGCGGUUGAUGAUAGUGCAUGGAGGAUUGAGGUCAUUAAGCUAGACUGGCUGGAUCGCUCAAUUGAAGCUGGUGAAUCUCUUCCCCGUGAUUCAUUUCUGGUCUAUCGUGGAUGGAAGCAGUCAUCCGCUCCAUCAGCAAUUCUGGCAGCGACACCAGCUUUGAUACCAAAACAAAUCAUACAACGGGCAAGAGAAGAUGGAACCAGCUGGCGUUGUCCAGUACCACCACCCGCCGAACCCUUCCAUGGGCGACGUUCCAAUUGGUCCACGGGCGAUGAUUCUAGUCAGCGAAAUCCACCGGUUCUGUACCGACAAUCCACAUCCGAGCAUGACGAAACUAUCACACUGCCCCCUCAGCCCGAGUGGGUGCGUGAUCAAGUAUUAUAUGCCUGCAUGCGAUCAGCUCCUCUGCGGCCCCCUAAUGAAGACUUCAUUGCGCAGCUCGUGAACAUUCGUCGAAUUCGGGAGCUCACGCUUGAUGAAAUCGGCGUACGAGCUUAUAGCACAUCGAUUGCUGCUGUGGCUGCAUAUCCUUACCGAAUCAAGCGGCCGAGCGAGGUUAUCGCUUUGCCUGGAUGCGAUGCGAAAAUAGCCAAUCUGUUCGCAGAAUUUCAACACCACGGUACUUGCGGUCAUUCCGAUGAAGACGGGAAUGUCGCUGCAGCGGAUGCUCUCGAGAAUGAUCCAGCUCUCCGUGUUCUCGAUACUUUCAACAAAAUUUGGGGGGUUGGAGCAAAAACUGCUCGGGAUUUUUAUUAUCACCGUGGCUGGAGAGACCUCGACGAUAUUGUAGAACAUGGCUGGAGCUCCCUCUCACGCGUCCAGCAGAUUGGAGUCAAGUUUUUUGAGGAGUUUCAAGAGGGUGUCUCUCGCGCUGAAUCUGAAAGUAUUGCUGCUAUUAUCAGGCGCCAUGCUAAUGAGGUACGGCCUGAAGCGGAUGGUGGAGUGAACUUGAUCCUGGUUGGGGGUUACCGGCGAGGAAAGGAAAGAAGCGGUGAUGUGGAUGUUAUUCUCACUCAUCGUGAGAAUGAAAUCACCCGCGGCCUUAUUAUUGAUAUUGUGGCGAGUCUUGAGAAAGAGAAGUAUAUUACUCAUACCCUCUCCCUUCAUCUCACUUCAACACUUCGCGGGCAACAAACAUUGCCUUUCCGAGGCGAUGAGACGGGGAAACAUUUCGAUACCCUCGACAAAGCAUUAGUUGUUUGGCAAGAUCCAGACUUCGAUCUUCAACACCCCCUAGGAAAUGAAGAAGCUAGUGGUAAAAACCGGAAUCCCAAUCCACAUCACCGAGUGGACAUUAUCAUAUCUCCCUGGAGAACUAUUGGCUGUGCAAUUCUUGGCUGGACAGGAGGUACAACUUUCCAACGAGAUCUGAGAAGAUAUGCAAAAACAGCCCAUGACUGGAAAUUCGACUCCAGUGGAAUCCGCGAGCGUACUUCCGGCGGUCAAGUGGUAGACCUGGAGCAGGGAGGUGAGACCUGGGAAGCGAGAGAAAAACUUGUCAUGGAACGAUUAGGGAUUGGCUGGAGGCCACCGCAGGAGCGGUGCUCUCGAUGA